AUCGCCCCCACCAAGAUGGCGGCCACAGAGGCGUAUUUGCGCAUGCGCACGCCGAAUCCGGAACUCACCGGCACUGGCUUAGCGAUGGCGUCGUCUAUGAGCGGUAUGUUUCCCGGACAGCAGCCGCCAACCGCGCAUCCUAUUCCCGGCGUAGGUGGCCCGGGCCAGCCCGGUUUCCCACUUACGGGUAACCGGAGUCAGGGAAGCAACACGCUGGUAGAUGAACUGGAAGCCUCGUUUGAGGCAUGUUUUGCAUCAUUGGUAAGCCAAGACUACGUGAACGGAACAGACCAAGAGGAGAUCCGAACCGGCGUGGACCAGUGCAUACAAAAGUUCUUGGACGUGGCUCGGCAGACGGAAUGCUUCUUUUUGCAGAAGAGGCUUCAGCUGUCUGUGCAGAAACCAGAACAGGUGGUCAAAGAGGAUGUAUCCGAGUUGCGCAAUGAGCUCCAGAGGAAGGAAAUGCUGGUACAGAAGCAUUUGUCCAAACUGCACCACUGGCAACAAGUGCUGGAGGACGUCAGCGUGCAGCACCGCAAGCCCAGUGACCUGCCGCCACCCGGGCCCCUGGCCUUCCUGGAACAGGCGUCGGCCAGCUUGCCUCCCGCUCCUUUAAAACCCAACUGAUGGAAUCCCCCUGUGGACGAUUCGCACAAGUCAAAUCAAGCCACAAGCUUGAUGGAGUAGACAGAACUGAGAGUCGCUAGACUGGUUAUUCCCUCUGCCAAGGACAAAUCAUACAGUGUGGUCGCUGGUGGUUGGUCAUUUGAGGAAGAACAGUUGCGAGGAUUCUUAAAAAAACAACAACAUACAGUUGACGACGGUUAGAUCCUGAUAACCGUGGUCAUGUGCAACACCACCACCUACAGGAUUGGAGUAAAACAGUUUUGACCACUCAGUGGAAUGCUGUUUUAAGUGAGGAGAAAAAAUAUGGACAUUUUCGAGACUUAGAUGUAGGUUGUAAUCCUGGAAGAGAAAAUUGUAAGGAAUACUGCAACGUUUUUCUUCUAAAAUCACACCAGUUUUUUUUCUCUGGCAAAAUAGCUUAUUUCCUCCCUCAUAUUGUAGCUUUAUUAUCUGACACCUUAUUCCCCUUAUAUUGCAACGUUCUUGUAAAGUUCACAUUUUUUUCCCCUUCACAAUAUUGCAACUUUGUUCAAAAAUAUAACAAUUAAAAUUGUCAUUGCUUUCAUUC